AUGAAUACAACAUUAAAUAUGUACAUCCUGAAGUCCGCUCUGAUUCUUUGGAUUCUGGUUCUCUCUAGUGGACCCGCCUACUCAGAUGGCUUCCGUAUCGUCUGUUAUUUUUCAAGCUUGUCCCAGUACCGAAAUGGAAUAGCUACUUUUCGAGCAACCAAUAUUGACCCGUUCUUGUGCACGCAUAUAGUCUUUUCCCAUGCAAAAGUUAAGGGCACGCAAAUCAGGCUGACGGAAUGGACUGACGCCAACUGGCACAAGGAUCUCUUCGCAUUAAAGAGCACUAAUCCAAAGCUGCAGAUUCUUCUGUCUGUCGGGCAUGAGUUGGGGUUACUAGAAAGUUUCUUUGAUGCAGCAGAAAAUGAUGUCGCUAGGCGGACGUUCGCUCAAAAUGUCGUAAUCUAUGUUCGUUCCAAACAACUGGAUGGUAUAACAUUGGAAUGGUUCAACAUUGCCAACAAUACCACAAAGUCCGUUGGAGAAAAGUUUCAAGAACUGUUGCGGAAAAUUAAAAGUGAAUUUGAAGAAGAAGCAAAGUCUACAUCAAAUCCUAUGUUAACCUUAGCCGUGACAACCACUGCCCGCAAGAAGCUAAUAGAUGCAGGCUAUGAUGUCGCUGAGAUGGCUAAGUUAGCGGAUUUUCUCUCCAUCAGGACAGUGGAUCUGCGCACAGCUGCAGAUGGGAAAAUUGGCCCUAGCGCUUCUUUGUACGGUAUCCCAGGAGAGCAUAUUAAUGUGUCAGAAUUGAACGUGAACUGGGCUGCUUCAUAUUACCAGACUCUCGGAGUUCCUUCUGAGAAAAUCAACAUUGGCAUUCCCACCUAUGGUCGAACGUUCACUCUAAUGAAUGUAGGUGCACAUUUAGUGGGAUUUCCUGCUUCCCGUGAUGGAAACCCUGGGAAACUGACCGAGACAAAUGGAAUAAUGAGUUACUUUGAGAUGUGUGCGCUUAUCCGGGAAGGUGGUAGCGUUAUGCGCAUCCCUCACAGUCGCUACUAUGUCAGGGGUAAUCAGUGGAUUAGCUACGAGGAUGUUGGGAGUGUCAUGCAGAAGGCUUGUUAUGUGAAAGAAAAACUUUACGGAGGCAUUACAAUGUGGAAUCUUGACCUUGAUGACUUCAGUGAUCAGGGGUGCAGUCAAGGUAAAUACCCACUCAUCAACACAGCUGCACAAAUUUUGAAGUUCGAUGACGGAAAGCAAUGUGCUUCGAAAAUGUGGGAAACAUACGUAGGGGGUCCGAUCUACACAACUAAGUUUCCGGUCAGACCAAGUUCAGAAAACGAUUUGGGUUCAAAUCGCCUUGUCUGUUAUGUGACCAACUGGUCUAGAUACAGACAAAUACCUGCGAAAUUCUUGCCUGAAGAUAUCAAUCCUAAUAUAUGCACCCAUAUUAUUUACGCCUAUGCCGAGGUCAUUGAUAAGAAGAUUAUUCCUAGGUAUCAGGAGGAAGAUUCUAAGUCUGCGCUGCCAGGAAUAUAUAGUCGUGUUUUGCAAUCAAAAGCGUACAACCCGGUGUUAAAGGUACUCCUUUCAGUUGGCGGAGAUGGAGCAGGCACUGUAGAAUUCGAACGUGCCUCGGAAAACGCCGAAAGCAGACGCAUAUUUUCGGAGAACGCAGUUCGAUUUCUGAGAGACAGAGGAUUUGAUGGGCUGGAAGUAUUCUGGGCUUACCCUACAGCGAAAACUUCAGCUAAUUUAAAAGAACUCCUACAG